UGCCAUGGCAGAGCCAUACACGGGACCGGUCCUCGCCGACUGGGGCGGUGUCGCUGCGUGGAAGCGCGGCUUCCUCGACGCCGCAGCCACCCGCGGUCUGCGCGAGCUCUACAAGCUGAAGGACCAUGCGAUCGACACGACCAUCUCACCUGCCCGACGCAUCGAGAUCCACGCCGCCGCCGAGGUUGCCGUGCCGCCCGUGCCGCACGACUUGCCAUCGUCGGCGUUCAGCGACGCUGUGCUGGCGCGCGCACAUGCAAUCGUCGCGCAUGUGGCCGACGCCAUGCGAGCCGAGACGGCGGCAGUUCAAGCGCGCACCAUGGCGGCAGCUGUGACCUUUCUGCUCUCGGCGUUGUCACCCGACCUCCGCGACGAGCUCGACGACACGUUGUCGCCAUCUGAGCUCUGGGCUGAGGUACACGCCAAGGGCUUCGUACUCAUGGACGACUGCCGCCUUUUUGGGCAUCUUGAACACGUGCGUUUUGCCGACGACGACCAGCUGCCCGGCGGCCUCGCACACGUCGAGGAGCACAUCCAGCGAUUUGUUGACGUCAUUUUUGUGCCGAGCCACGGCCUUGACGCGCGACUUGUGGCGGCGGCCGACCGUUUGAAGAUGGCGCUGCUCUGCAACGCGUGCACACCGGCGAUGGCCAACAUCUGCGAAGCCUGGCGCGCCGAUGCGCUAAUGAUGGAAUUCCGCCAGCUUGGGUCGCCGAUGCUCCAUGCGUUCCAGUGGCUGAUGCGCCGCCAGCGAGCCUUUGGCUACGGAUGA